CAAAAGGCAAAAGGCAAAAGGCAAACACCUCCCAAAAUCUGAAGGUUUUUGCUUCUUGCUUAAUGGGACUGCUCAGUACCAACCACAGGCUCUUUUGCAAUUUGAAUACUCCUUUUCAAGAAGAGAAAUGAUAGCUUGUGGAGUACUUGCAAUGGUGCAAUGAACACACUGGAACCAGGCGACACUCUCGAUUCUUCUAGCUUCUUAGUUUCUGCAAAUGGGAAGUUCACCCUGAAUUUUCGUAAAUAUGAUGAUGCUUUAAGCUUGAGCUACCUGGUUAUAAAGUGGAAUGGAAGUCAUAAUUAUGCCUGGGUUGCAAAUCCGUACACACCUGUUUUAUACCCUUUUGGAGUUCUUACGUUGGACAGGAACAACACAUUGAAAAUCACUCAGAAAGAUGGUGAUCCAGUGGUGCUUUACUCAGCUUCAGAGACCGCCAAUAGCAGUGUGUUAGCUACCCUUUUGGAUUCUGGCAACUUUGUCCUAGAAGAGGUGAGCUCUGAUGGAUCAGUGAAAAGGGUUUUGUGGCAAAGUUUUGAUUAUCCAGGAGAUGUGCUUCUGCCAGGUAUGAAAUUAGGGAUUAAUCAUAGUAAUGGCCACAACUGGUCACUUUCAUCGUGGUUUACUGAGAAAAGUGCAAUGCCAGGAUCUUUCACACUUGAUUGGGACCCUGAGGGACAUGAAUUGAAAAUUAGGCGACGGGGGGUAGUUUAUUGGAGUAGUGGAAUCUUUAGAGAUGGGAGUUUUGAAAAUAUUAAGCAGAAGAGGUAUACUUUUAGCAUUGUUUCAAAUCAGAAUGAAGAUUAUUUCAGUUACUCUGUUGUAGAUCAAAAUGCUAAACCACAAUGGCUCCUAACCACAAUAGGGAGACUAUAUGACUUUGAUGGAUCACUGGAUAUUGCAACAGCGGAUUCCUGUUAUGGGUAUAACACUGAUGGAGGAUGCCAGAUUUGGGACCAACCAACUGAGUGCAGGCAUUUUGGUGAUGUAUUUGAGCAAGGAAAUGGGUACUUUAAUCCGACAGGUCCUAGUGGUUCAAAUGUAAAAUCUACCAGUGAUUCAAACACAAGUCUCAGCAUAACUGAUUGUAAGGCUGCUUGUUGGGAAAAUUGUGACUGUCACGGGUUCAUGUUUCUGUUUGCUAAUCAGACUGGAUGUCGAUUUUGGACUGGAAACUUGAAGUUCAUUGCAGACAGCGCAGGCUAUAGUUCAAGUGUUGUUUAUUUUUUAACAAAAAAGUCAGCCAGCAGCCGCUCACAUAAGUGGAUAUGGAUUGGUGUUGCUACUGGCACGGCUCUAUUGGUAAUGGUGCUUUGCAUAGUAUGCUGUCUAUUACGAAGAAGAAACUUGUCCGGAGGGGAGAACAAAAAAAAGAUUGAUGAGAAAAAAUUGCUUCCCUUAAGGGGAUCUGAUAUAUCAACUGAUGUCCAUGGGAUUCAAAAUGAUGGAUCCAUGGGACAUGAUUUAAGAGCAUUUAGCUAUGAAUCUGUCAUGACUGCUACAGACUACCUCUCCUUACAAAACAAGCUAGGAGAAGGGGGCUUUGGACCUGUUUAUAAGGGAAAAUUGUCGUCAGGGCGAGAAGUAGCUGUAAAGAGGCUUUCAAGUUGUUCCGGGCAAGGAGAAGUACAGUUUAAGAAUGAAUUGAUUCUCAUAUCUGAACUCCAACAUACUAAUCUUGUUCAGCUUUUCGGAUUUUGCAUUCAUGGUGAAGAGAGGAUGCUAAUAUACGAGUAUAUGCCAAACAAAGAUCUGGACUACAUAUUAUUUGAUUCAACCAGAAGCAUGCUACUGGAUUGGAAGAAACGUUUCAAUAUAAUUGAAGGAAUCGCCCAAGGAUUGCUUUACUUGCACAAGUACUCUAGAUUAAAAGUAAUUCAUAGAGAUCUUAAAGCUAGUAACAUACUACUAGAUGAAAAUAUGAACCCCAAAAUUUCUGAUUUUGGAACGGCAAGGAGUUUCAUGCUUAAUGAAGUUGAAGCAAGUACUGGACGGAUUGUUGGGACACAUGGUUACAUGUCUCCCGAGUAUGCUAUGCAGGGAAUUUUUUCUGGAAAAUCUGAUGUCUUCAGUUUUGGAGUGUUGAUGCUCGAAAUCAUAAGUGGUAGGAAAAACAACAGGUUUCACAGUGCUCAUCGCGCGCUCAACUUAGUAGGAUAUGCGUGGGAAUUAUGGCAAGAAGGUGCAGGACUAGAACUGAUGGACACAACACUAGGUGAUUCGUGUGUGGAAAAUCAAUUUUUAAGAUGCACCCAUGUUGGUCUACUAUGUGUCGAAGAAGAUGCAGAACUUCGGCCUACCAUGUCAGAUGCCAUAUCUAUGUUGACAAAUGAAAGCUUGCCUUUACCUAUACCAAUAAGACCAGUAUGUUUUCCAGUAAGGCAUUCGGCUGGAGUUGACAUAAGAGGAAACAAAUCCGAAAUUAUAUCAGCAAAUGGCCUGUCCAGCACCCUUGUUAUAGGACGAUGAAGGUACUACGUACUGACAUGUUCCUCGUUCCUCAGUUGUACUUUCCCUUGGUGUAACGAUACUUUGUUUAGAAAAUGAACUUUGCUAGACAGCUUAAGGAAGAUCACUUCAGCUGGCACUUCAUAGAUGCUAAGGAAGAAGGUUGCUAGCCCACCAAUCUGUCCUUUUAGAGUUACAUCACACGUAAUUAGUAGAGGCUUCUUUGUGAUAUCAGUGUGUCCUAUAUACUAAUAGAGUAAUCUAUUAUAGAUAUCUCCUCUGGAUUUUAUUUGUAAUUAUGUAAUAGGUAAUUAAAGUGUACAGAGUGACAGUGUUAAUGUCUAAAAGUCUAGCGGUAGCUGGACCUUGGUUAACGCUGAUCCGGCAGGCGGAUCGCUACCUUUGUUGUGAA